AUGCCAGGGCUUUUCACCGCGGAUGUCAGCAGCCUUACGAGCAUUGGGAUAGAAGUCAAAACCGUCACCACAGUCCCAGAGAUUACCGCCCUUGAUAUCGGUUUCGGGAUCGGACGGGAAAUGCUUGGUAGUACGGCGAAGGCUACGGUUGUAACCAUCCUUCCAACUCUUGAUGGAUUCAGUCUUGUAACAGCAGACAGUGAUAUUUAUUUAACAUUUGUAAACAGGAAAAGAUUAGAAAUUUAUCUUCGUAAUCUCUUCAAUACACUGCGCUUCGGAUUCACAGUAACGUUCGAAGUUAAUGGUAUUGUAACCGGUCGUAGUAUAGUUCCCGAAGAGUUGGUGACAUCCACCAGGAGUUCCGUCGUCAUUGGUCCAGAGUCCGUUCGGGUUGAACUUGUAGAUGAACACCUUGAUCCAUUUUCUCUUGACGAACUCAUCACUGAGAAGGAAAAAGUCGUUAGAGUCCGUGACGGAAAAAAAGAAACCGUUUAUGUCGCCACUAAACCAGGAUAUAAGAUGAAGGACGGUAACGAAGUCAAGAUGUCAGGAAAAGAAAUCAUGGCCAGGAAACGUGCUCAGAAAGUCGCUCAGAGAAAAAGGAACUCAAAGAUGGGUCAGAUUCAGAAACGAAUCGAAAAGAACUAUACCCAACAGAAUGAAAACUAUCUUGAAAACCCGACUGAAGCUCAGCAACUUGACGAAAAGCUUGUCAAGAAGUUUGUCGUACGUAAUGGCAAGAGAACAUGGAAAUGGACUACAACCCGUAAGGGUAAGUAUCGUGUUCAAAUCGACAAGAAGACUGGCCAGCCAAAGGAAGUCUUUAUCACUGCUAUGGAAAAGAUUAACCGUAAGCGUGGACAGAAGAAAGCUGCCAUCAAACGUAAGGCCAAGCAGAAAGCUAUCUCCCGUUUACGUAAGAGAGCAUUCCGUGUUAGACGUAACCAGGGUAUGCACUAUAACACAGGAGCUGGCCCGCGUAAGAAAUUGUCUAAAGAAGAACAGGCAGCGCUCAAGAUUAACCAUUCACUUAUCCAUCCCGAUAUGAUGAAGGAACAGUUCGAUUUAAUCUGUGAGUCACCUUGGCCAGAAAUCCUUCCAGAUUUCGUAUGGGACUUUUUCGCCGAACUGGACCCGGCGUGGUUAAUGCAGCUCGUGACGCUCUACACAUUCAAGGAAAUGGAAUCAGUCGCAAAGAACAGAAACGAGGUGGAAGUCCUUCAGGUCACAGAUGACGAAUUAAAGGUUAUUACCAAGAACCUCAUGAAAGAUAGAGUAUUCCUUGGUCUUGCACGCCAUGACUUUAAGAACCUCACCGAUGUAGAACAGGAAGAGUUCCUGGCUGUUGUUCCAGAUGAACUCCUCCAGGCUAUCGGUUUACCCGAGCUUGAUGGAUAA